AUGUCAUUUUUGUCUAAACACUUAUCAAAAUUGACAGUUAGCUCACAGGAGCAAGAUACUGAAUUAUAUGACGUGAAGGAAAACCAUCUACAGACUGUUGAAUCCGGUGAUGAAACUUCAGAAUCAGAAAUUCAAGUUAAUGAAAAUGGUGCUCCAAUAGAGAAAAAUAAUCCAUUGGGUUAUAACGUUGGUUAUAGCUCACUUGUAUAUUUGGUUGUCUCUGGUAUCAUUGGUACAGGUAUUUUCUCAACACCAGGUACUAUUUUAAAACAAAUUGGGUCAGUUGGUGGUUCGUAUAUUCUUUGGGUUGUUGGUGCUAUCAUUGCGAUUCAAAAAGUGUUGAUUUAUAUUGAAUUCUCAGUUACUAUGCCAAAUAGAUCAGGUGGUGAUACUGCAUAUUUAGAACAAGCUUAUCCAAGACCAAUUUUCUUAAUUCCAAGUGUUUACGCUGCUGUUAAUAUUGUGUUAUCAUUUUUGAAUAGUUCUGCUGUUGCAUUUGGUCAAUAUAUUUUAAAAGCGGCUGAAGUUGAGCCUACUACAUGGCGUCAAAGAGGUAUCGGUGUUGGUAUUUUAACUUUUACAUGUGUCUUAUCUGCAUUGAGUACUAAAUGGUCACUUAGAUUAUCAAAUUGGUUAGGUCAUGCUAAAAUCAUAACUUUAUUAUUCAUCUCAAUCACAGGGUUUGUUGUUUUAGGUGGUGGUACAAGUGUUGAAAAUCCAACUGCUAACUUCAAAAAUGCAAUGCAAGGUGCUACAUCAAGUCCAAAUAGUAUUGCAAAUUCUAUUAUCAAAAUUUCUUUCGCUUAUGGUGGUACAGGUUAUGCUUUUGGUGUUGUUUCCGAAUUGAAGCCUGAAAGACGUUAUACUGGUUACACAAGAGUUGUUCCAAUUACAUUUUUCGUUAUUUUUGUGUUGUAUAUUACAACUGUUACAGCUUUCUAUGCUGGUGGUGGUACAUUAGAUGAAAUAAAAGGUUCAGGUGUCUUAACAGCUUCUUUAUUCUUUGAUAAUGUCUUCAAAACUAAAGCUGCUACAAAAGCAUUAAGUGUUUUGGUUGCCCUAUCAGCAUUUGGUCAUUUAAUUCCAGCUGUUGUUUCUCAUUCAAGAUCUUUAAGAGAAUGUGGUCGUCAAGGUGUUCUACCUUUUAGAAGUUUCUGGGUUUCAACUAAACCAUUCAAUACCCCAUUGGGUCCAAUUUUUGUAACAUGGUUAGUCAAUACAGUCGUUAUGAUUGCUCCACCAGCUGGUGAUGCUUAUAAUUUCAUUGUUGAUAUUGGUUCAUAUGCUGGUUACUUCUUUGAUUUUUUAAUGGCUUUAGGUUUACUAAGAGUUAGAAAACAAAGAAAAGCACUUGGUUUACCACCUGCAAAAUUCAGAGUUCCAUUGGUGUUUAUUAUUAUUCAAAUGUUAUUCCAAGUCUUUGUCAUCAUUAUGCCAUUAGUCCCACCAAAAGCAAAAGAUGGAUCAAUCGAUUUAAAUGGUGGUGAUGUUAGUUUCUUCUAUGCAACAUAUUGUGUGGUUGCCGUUGGUUUACUAUCAUUCUGUGUUCUCUACUAUGUUGUAUGGCAUUUCGUUAUUCCAAAUUUGAAAGGUUAUAGACAUAGAGUUGAUCGUUAUGAAUUGAAAAAUGGUGAAUUGGGUAAUCGUGUUAUUAAAGUUCCAGUAGAAGAAUUGGAAGAAUGGGAUAGAGCCCAUGGUCAUAAUGUAAAGCUUAAUGCUCCAUUAGAUACAAAUUUGGAAACUAUUGAAGUUAUUCCAGAUGGAAAAAGUAAUGAUUUGAGACAUAGAGAUGUGUAA